AUGCAAUCAUCUCUUCGUUUUCUUGCAAUUGGUGAUUCUCUAACAGCUGGUUUUUGUAACUAUGGUCUAUCGAACCAUCCGUACGCGAUAAAUCUAUUUAAACUAUUCUCAUUAUCAAAUAUUUCAAUUAUUAUUGACCAAAAAGGAGUAUCUGGCGAAUAUGUUGUUCCAUCAAUGGCGGAACCAGAGCUCGGACAAGUACAAGUAUAG